AUGGUCGCGAAGCGCGAUGCGUCCCGAAACAGCGAGGGCAGGCUGCGGAAGCCUGCGGUUGAUGGGAGGCGGAGGUUGCAGGCUUGCUGGCGCGGCUUGCACGAGGUGCUCGCCUCUCGCACGUACCUGGUGGCGGUCGUACUGGCCUGGAUGCUGGUCUGUUUCCUCGAUGCGAUACUCGACUCCACGCACGAGCCGUUCGCGCCCCGAUCCGUCGUCUGGGGCGUCGCAGCGGGCGCAGCGUCCGUAAUGGCAAUCGACACGCUCCUUCACCUCGCCCUCGGCGUAUGGGGGGACGCACCGGAGCUGAGAAGCCCCCUGCCGUACGUGUUGGACGUCAUCCCGGUCGUUUCGGUGCUCCUGGUAUGGCCGAACCUGUAUGACAGGACGUACCGGACGACGGAGCCCUGGGAUCCGGUUGAAGGCUCCGACUUGCUGGAGUUCUUCCGAGGAGUGUCCGACUCCCGCGCCAUCGUGUCGUUCCUGGUGCUGCCCGUCGCGUUCUUGAAGGUCGUGGUCGCAGCAUGGCGCCACGACGUCCUCGCCUCCCACCGCUCCUCCCAGCGGGCCCAGGGGCCGGGCGCCAGCCAGCGCAUGGCAGGGGGGAACUGGACGCAGUGGCUGAUGCUCUUGACGGCGUCCAGCUGUCUGGCGGUGCUCGUGGUGACCACGUUGGUAGUCAUCAUGCCCCAGCGGUUCUCGGCCGAGGCGGACACCCUCAGCGGAAUCCCCAACGGCUUGGAGAAUGCAGUCAAGACCUCGCCCUUGCCCGCUCGGCAAGCUCUCGCUCCCUUCCGCUUCAUCUUCGCGGAAGCGGAGGAGGUCGGCGCCCCCGUCAAGGUCGUCACGCACCAGUUCCUGCGCGGGGAGCUCACGUGGAAAAAGGAGGGCGUGCCCGACGGGGACGCCCUCACGGAGUUCCCGCCCGCGCUGUGGGUCGAGUCGCGCCCCGACGGCCUGAUCCUGCUCCGGAUGGACUGGCGGCGGCUCUUCUUGGAGCGCCUGGGCAACGACACCCUCCGCAAGUCGGUCCCCCUCAUGGUGUGCGUCGUGCUGCUGGUCCUGGAGUUCUACCUCGCCUCGCUGCUCAUGCUCCGCCCCAUGGAGCGCCUGCUCGAGUCCCUGGUCGCGUCCGCGACGACGCUGGACGAGAAGGGGCGGUUCCAUGACGACAGCGACGGGCGCCCGGUCGGCCACAAGAACAUGCGGACGCUCGAGUGCGCCCUCGAGCGCGUCGACGGAUUCCUCUGCAUGAUGCAGAAGGCCUUCGAGGGCGGUGGGGUCGUGAUGCAGCGGCUCCUGACGCAGGUCGCGGGCGGCGAGAGUGGCGAGGGUCAGCGCGCGUGGGCGGACUUCUAUUACAACCCCCCCCUCGCGCUGGCUCCGCGCUCCACCACCGCAGCCCGGCACUCCAGGGGGGCGGGCCCGGCCAUGUCCGGCUCCGAGGCCAACUCCUUGGCAGAGGGCAGGCGCACCACCGGCGACGCGAAACGCUCCAGCGCGGCGAGCGGCAAGCGCAGGGGGCCAGCACGCGCGGCUGCUGUGUCGGCCUCGGCCAGCGGCGACGUCCGGAGCGGCGAUGGCGGGCGGCCGAGGAUCUCGGGCAUGAGCAGCGAUGACGGGAUGCUGGAGCCCUCCCGGUCGAGCGUGCCCCACGAGGCCCCCAAGUCGUGGGACUGGAGCUCGUUGCUGGUUGCCCACGAGGGGUCGCUCGGCUCGCUCGUCGUGGAGAUGUUCCGCGACCUCGGGCUGUGCAACGACGGCAACGUCGCGCACCACGGCACGGUGCCGCUGAAGCGCCUGCGGGUGCUGGUGGGGCUGCUGGAGGGGGCGUACCGCGCGGACAACCCGUACCACAACUGGGAGCACGCGGUGGACGUGACGCACGGGAUGUACAUGAUGCUGCGGUCGACGGCGGAGGCGCGCGGGCUGAUGCGGACGUGGGACAGCGUGGCGCUGAUGGUGGCGGCGCUGGCGCACGACGUGGGCCACCGGGGGACGAACAACGCGUUCCUGGUGGCGACGCGCGACGAGCUGGCGCUGCGGUACAACGACGUGUCGGUGCAGGAGAACAUGCACGCGGCGACGCUGUACGAGCUGAUGGUGGCGCACCCGGAGGCGGACGUGUUUGCGGGGCUGGACCAGGCGACGUGGACGGAGGUGCGCGCGACGGUGGUGACGGCCGUGAUGGGGACGGACAUGGCGGUGCACUUUGACAUGAUCGCCAAGGUGGAGACGGCGGCGGAGGCGGCGGACUGGGCGCGGCGCGGGUCGGAGACGGGCGGCGGCGGCGGCGGGGAGGCGGCGCAGCGGACGCUGGGCGUGGCGGAGCGGAAGCUGCUGCUGCAGGUGCUGCUGCACACGGCGGACCUGUCGUCGCUGUUCAAGGGGCCGGAGAUGGUGGUGGAGUGGACGCGGCGGGUGGUGCGGGAGUUUUUCGACCAGGGCGCGAUGGAGAAGGAGCUGGGGAUGGUGCCGCAGGCGCUGAUGGUGGAGGGGGCGACGUACGUGCCGGGGUCGCAGAUGGAGUUUUACGAGGUGAUCAUGCGGCCGUACGUGUCGGCGGUGGCGACGUGGCUGCCGUCGGUGGGGCGGACGCUGGCGGCGCGGCUGGCGCGGAGCUACGCCUUCUGGGGCAGCAUCGUCGAGGCCGACCAGGCGGGGCUGAGCGCCCCCGCCCCCGGUGCAGAGCAGGCCACGGACGGCUGGCACGGCUGCGGAGCUCCGAUUUCGUCGUCCCCGAAGUACAGCACGAUGAAUGUCAAGGAGCGCGUGGCGAACUUCAACGCCGCACUCGGCGUUUCCGCGGACGACGCCAAGCAGCUGCACAUGACGAGCCUCGCCGAGCCGCUGCCGUCGGUCAUGGAGACCCCCGUGGAGGACGCGGAGUUCGCCAAGCGGCUCCAGCUGGACCUGGACCCCCCCGGGUGCGCGGGCGCAACUGCCCGCAGCAGGCGCUGGCUCGAGCGCGCGAGCUGCCGCCUCGCCCCCGCGAUGGCUUCCUGGUACUGGUUCGGCGGCGUUCUGGUCGUGUCGCUGUUCAUCCCGUUCCUGGACAUCUGCCUCGAGACGAGCUACGACCCGUGGCCGCCGCAGCACGUGGUGUGGGCCGUCGCGGCCGCCGCCGCCGCGGUGCUGGCUGGCGAGGCAGCGCUGCAGUUCCUCGUCGGGGUCAUGCAGGAUGUCAACGAGCUCAGGGAGCCGUACUCGUACGCCCUGGACACUCUCGCGGUUGGCUCAGUCAUCACCUGGGCAGCCAUGACGCACCUCGUCUACAAGGCAGUCAGCCCCGACAACCCGCUCCUGGGCAAGGAAACGACCAUGGACUACGUCAACGGCGUCGUCCGGAACCGAGGCAUCGUGACCUACCUCGUCAUGCCCCUGGUCUUCCUGAAGGCUGUCUCUGCGGCGUGGCGGCACAAGUCGCUGCGGCAGGCCCUGCGCUCGGCGCGCCACAAUCGGCGCUCGGAGAAGCAGCGUGCCGUCGGCGACAGAUCGCACGGCUGGACGAUGGCGCUGAUGCUCAUGACGGCAGCGAGCUGCCUCUGCCUGUUGCUGAUGAUGAUGGCGGUGGAAGUGCUGCCGGACCCGUACAAGGGGUCGGCGUUCAUCAUAUGGCGGUUCCCGAACGUCGUCGCGAACAGCGCGAGGCGCAGCCCGAACGGCCCCGUCCGUGGAAGCCCCCUGUUUGUCACGCUGGCCGCACUCGAGAGGACUCACCAGGAGCAGAGGCAGCGGCUCAACCCUCAGCUGGCGACCUCCCACAUGUGGGUCCGGCCCCGCUUGGACCCCGACCUGCCGCUGGAGCUGGUCUGGUCGAGCGAGGAGCGUUCCCGCACCACGGGCGACCCGCGUCUCGACGACAGCUUUGGGGUGUACGCGUAUUCGCCCUCCCCGCCGGGCGCCGUCUUGCAACGGUGGGAUUUCGGCCGCUUGUUCCUCGCCGACAACGCCGACGACGCGCUCCGCAAGUCGAUGCCGCUCAUCCUGUGCGUCGUGCUGCUGCUCGUCAACUUCUACUUUGCGUGCGAGAUGCUGGUGCGGCCGGUCCGCGACCUGCUGCAAGCAAUCGUCGCGCGCGCCCCCGCGCUGGACAGCAAGGGCCUGAUGGCGGGCAUCGGCGCCACGAACGACAGCGCGCCCCUCACGCUGCCUGACGCGCUGGCGCGAAUCGAGGCGUUCAUCGUGCUGAUGCACAAGGCCAACCAGGGCGGCGCCGUCGUGAUGAAGCGGCUUUUGAAGCAGGUCGCGUCGGAGGACGGCAGCGUCACCAGCGCGACCAACGACAAGCGCGCGUGGGCCAAGAUGUACGCUGCUGCGCCGGCGGCCAGGGACCCGGAAACGGACCGGAGGCCCUCCGUGAUGCGCCUGCCCCAGGUUCUGCGGCGCGAGAAGUCCCGGGCGGCGAUGGUGCGGAGCGAGCACGCGCGCAGGACCGCGUCCAUGCCGUUUGCGCCGGCGACAGGCAAGCCUGCCAUCGGGGGCGAACAGGACGUCGUGCAUCAGCUGAUGAAGCUCCGAAGCUGGACGUGGUCGUCGCUGUCCUGCGAGCACCGCGACGUUCUCGGCUCGCUCGUCGUGGAGAUGUUCCGCGACCUCGGGCUGUGCAACGACGGCAACGUCGCGCAGCACGGCACGGUGCCGCUGAAGCGCCUGCGGGUGCUGGUGGGGCUGCUGGAGGGGGCGUACCGCGCGGACAACCCGUACCACAACUGGGAGCACGCGGUGGACGUGACGCACGGGAUGUACAUGAUGCUGCGGUCGACGGCGGAGGCGCGCGGGCUGAUGCGGACGUGGGACAGCGUGGCGCUGAUGGUGGCGGCGCUGGCGCACGACGUGGGCCACCGGGGGACGAACAACGCGUUCCUGGUGGCGACGCGCGACGAGCUGGCGCUGCGGUACAACGACGUGUCGGUGCAGGAGAACAUGCACGCGGCGACGCUGUACGAGCUGAUGGUGGCGCACCCGGAGGCGGACGUGUUUGCGGGGCUGGACCAGGCGACGUGGACGGAGGUGCGCGCGACGGUGGUGACGGCCGUGAUGGGGACGGACAUGGCGGUGCACUUUGACAUGAUCGCCAAGGUGGAGACGGCGGCGGAGGCGGCGGACUGGGCGCGGCGCGGGUCGGAGACGGGCGGCGGCGGCGGCGGGGAGGCGGCGCAGCGGACGCUGGGCGUGGCGGAGCGGAAGCUGCUGCUGCAGGUGCUGCUGCACACGGCGGACCUGUCGUCGCUGUUCAAGGGGCCGGAGAUGGUGGUGGAGUGGACGCGGCGCGUGGUGCGGGAGUUUUUCGACCAGGGCGCGAUGGAGAAGGAGCUGGGGAUGGUGCCGCAGGCGCUGAUGGUGGAGGGGGCGACGUACGUGCCGGGGUCGCAGAUGGAGUUUUACGAGGUGAUCAUGCGGCCGUACGUGUCGGCGGUGGCGACGUGGCUGCCGUCGGUGGGGCGGACGCUGGCGGCGCGGCUGGCGCGGAGCUACGCCUUCUGGGGCAGCAUCGUCGAGGCCGACCAGGCCGCUGCCGCAGGAACGCCAGUGCCCUCGCCGUUCGCCCACGCGCUGGAGGCGUGCGGCGCCCGCAUCACGGAGGUGCCCAAGUAUCUCACAAUGCGCGUCCAGGAGCGCAUCGAGGCGUUCCGCUUCGCGCUGGAACCUGCCGCUGCGCCAGGACAGUCGGGGUCGGAGUCGACGGAUACUGACGACCUGACGAAUGUGGUCGUCGAGGACAGGCGCUGCAGCCAGCCGCGAACGAUCGCGGACUUGAAGCCAUUCGUGCCGGACACGGGCGCGGAUCUCCGACCGUCUGUCAGCACGAUCACGCCCACACACAGGGCCUAA